UUUCAUUUUUACUACUCCGAAUCGGCCUCUGAAAGGCGGAGAAGGACGUCGUAAAUUCUCUGAAACCCUCAAAUCGGAACCCUGCUCCAAAAGCUCGCUCAAUCAAUCAACAACUCGAAUUCAGAUUUCGAACAAUCGGCCAAGAUGGUUUUAGCACAGCUUGGAGGGAGCAUCUCCCGUGCCCUCCAGCAGAUGAGCAAUGCGACGGUCAUUGACGAGAAGGUUUUGAACGAAUGUCUCAACGAGAUCACCCGUGCUCUUCUUCAAUCCGAUGUCCAAUUCAAGCUUGUCCGUGACAUGCAGACCAAUAUCAAGAAAAUUGUCAAUCUGGAUGACCUCGCCGCCGGUCAUAAUAAGCGCAAGAUCAUUCAACAAGCUGUAUUUAAUGAAUUGUGCAAAAUGCUUGAUCCUGGGAAGCCAUCUUUUACGCCAAAGAAAGGAAAAACUAGUGUUAUCAUGUUUGUUGGUUUGCAAGGGUCUGGGAAGACCACAACAUGCACAAAGUAUGCAUAUUAUCAUCAGAAGAAAGGCUGGAAGCCUGCCUUGGUGUGUGCAGAUACAUUCAGAGCUGGUGCUUUUGAUCAAUUGAAGCAGAAUGCAACCAAAGCAAAGAUUCCCUUUUAUGGAAGUUACAUGGAAUCAGAUCCUGUAAAAAUUGCGGAGGAAGGUGUGGAGAGAUUCAAGAAAGAAAAUUGUGAUCUCAUAAUUGUUGAUACCAGUGGGCGUCACAAACAAGAAGCUGCUCUUUUUGAAGAAAUGCGGCAAGUUUCUGAAGCAACGAAACCAGAUCUUGUUAUAUUUGUUAUGGAUAGCAGUAUUGGUCAGGCAGCAUUUGACCAAGCUCAAGCAUUCAAACAAAGUGUUGCAGUUGGUGCUGUGAUUGUGACUAAAAUGGAUGGUCACGCAAAGGGAGGUGGUGCUCUUAGUGCUGUUGCAGCAACAAAGAGUCCAGUCAUUUUCAUUGGAACUGGAGAACACAUGGAUGAGUUUGAAGUUUUUGAUGUUAAACCAUUUGUCAGCCGUCUCCUAGGCAUGGGAGACUGGUCUGGAUUCAUGGAUAAAAUUCAUGAAGUCGUGCCAAUGGAUCAGCAACCAGAGCUUUUACAAAAGCUUUCCGAAGGAAAUUUUACUUUGAGAAUUAUGUACGAGCAGUUUCAGAACUUGCUUAAGAUGGGUCCAAUUAGCCAGGUGUUUUCAAUGCUUCCUGGAUUUAGUGCUGAAUUGAUGCCAAAAGGGCGUGAAAAGGAAAGCCAAGCGAAACUAAAACGCUACAUGACAAUGAUGGACUCAAUGACUGAUGAAGAAUUGGAUAGCUCAAACCCGAAGCUCAUGAACGAGUCAAGAAUGAUGCGAAUAGCACGAGGUUCAGGUCGCCGCAUUCAGGAAGUAAUGGAAAUGAUGGAAGAGUACAAACGCCUCGCCAAGGUAUGGAGCAAGAUGAAAGGGCUGAAGAUCCCAAAGAAGGGCGAAAUGAGCGCUCUAUCUCGAAACAUGAAUGCACAGCACAUGAGUAAGGUCCUUCCACCCCAGAUUUUGAAGCAAAUUGGCGGGAUGGGUGGCUUACAGAGCUUGAUGAAGCAAAUGGGUUCCAAUAAAGAUAUGAUGGGGAUGUUUGGAGGUGGAGACAAGUAGAGCUUUGUUUCGAAGUUGGUUUGAGUUCUAUCUUUUACUCCAGCAAUUGGGUGGGUCUUGUGUUGCAGCAUAAUACCGACUGAUAUUCUACGUGAAAGACGAAGAAGACGACGACGACGACUCUUUCUCUGGAUUGAUUAAGCCAUUGGACAAAUAUGUAUACACUUGUUCUCUAGCAUGGUUUCACUUGCGACGGUUCGAGCUAAUUAUUUUUACCCUUUUUUCGACUCAGGAAUUUCACCUUCCCCUUAAUCAUCACCCACUUGUACUUUGUUGAAGAUGUUUAAAAUGUUUAGAAUGGAAUAAGGAUGUUUUAUGCUUCUAUGUCAACUAAUAAAUAGAGUUUAACAUUUU